CACAUUUUCACACGGCUUCUGAGCGGAGACGAAGCUUUCACUCUGCGCAGUGUCCUCUUUCAGCCUUCUCGUCGUCUUCAUCGCAACCUGCGCGAGGACGUAAACGUCAACUUCUUGCAAACUGAGAACUGGCCGAUGGGGUCGCGGCAACAUGGACACCGCCAACGCAAGCCAAGCGCAGCAGUCGUCAGCAAGCCAGCCCUCCGCUAACAGGAUGGCGCUCGCCUGGGACAAAGUAGCCUACCCGGGCCUGCAGGACAGCACCCGUCUGCCCGCCGUGCGCGUGGCGCUCAUCCUGGUGUACGGCACCAUCAUCGCCCUGGGCGUGGCGGGCAACGCCCUGGUGAUCCACGUGGUGUUCCGCUUCCGCCGCCUGCGGACCGUCACCAACUUCUUCAUCGCCAAUCUGGCUCUGGCUGACCUCCUGGUGGCCUCCCUGUGCUUGCCCUUCACGCUGGCGUACACCCUGCAUGGCGAGUGGGCGUUCGGCCGGGCGCUGUGCUUCGUCUUGCCCUGCGCUCAGGGCGCCGCCGUUCACGUGUCGACGAUCACGCUCAAUGUCAUCGCAGUGGACCGCCUCCGUGGCGUGGCGCGCCGCCCGAAUGGGGCGCCGCGCAUGUCCCGGCGGACGUGCGCCGCUGUGGUGGCGAUCACCUGGGUGGUCAGCGCGCUACUCGCCAGCCCGCUGGCCAUCUUCCGCGAGUACGCCAUCUUCCACUUGGGCCCCGGCGAGUCCAUCCGGGUGUGUGCUGAGAAAUGGCCCGAGGAGGGCAGCAGCACCCCCUACAGCCUGGCCAUGAUGCUGCUGCAGUACAGCCUGCCCUUGGCUGUCAACACGGGGGCCUACGUGUGCAUCUGGAGUAAGAUGAACGCCAGCCGCCUGUCGCGCGCCCACCGCCGCCGUCGCAAGACCACCAAGAUGCUGAUGACGGUGGUGGCCGUCUUCGCCGUCAGCUGGCUGCCGCUGCACGCCUUUCAGCUGGCCGUGGACAUCGACAGCCGCGUGGUCUACAUGGACGACUUCAAGCUGCUCUUCAGCGCCUUCCACGUGGUGGCCAUGUGCUCCACCUUCGUCAACCCCAUCCUCUACGGCUGGAUGAACAGCAACUACCGGAGCGCCUUCUUGGAUGUCUGCAGAUGCUACCGGCCCUUUAACUCCAUAAAAAGAUGAAAACGAUGGCCUCCGCCCCAGCUUACAAGUUCAGCAAGUUCUAAGUCACACUUCCCAUUGCAACUUGUUGCUCGGGUGAGGAGUGGGACUGUGAGUGCAGUUUUAUUGUCCCUCUCCGUGUUGCUGAACCGUUUGUGUUCGUUCAGUCCGUCGCUCACAGA